AUGACACAGUAUGACAGCAAAUGGGCAUUGCGCCAAUACCCAAGAAAAUGCAGGAGAAACACCUACAGUGGUAUGGCCAUGUCCUAUGAGCAGCUCCCCACACCUUCGCCUGCAUCACCUUUCAUUUUAACACAGGUGGCAAGCACCCGGUGGAAAGCUGAAGCAAAGAUGACAAGACAAGAAAUGCAGAUACGAAAAUUGUCCAAUUGGACCCGGAUGCUACCCAAUGAUAUUUCACUUGGAAUCCUGCAAGCAAGGGAACUAGACAACAGAAAGUCAGCAAUCAGGUACAUCUGUAUCCCUGAAAAAAAUACUAUUAAAGAGAACCUGAAAGUACUGCACUAUGAAAUGAGUUUGGAUUCUGAAAAAAAACCAGAUGCCACAGAGGCUGGCGCACCAAAUUUGUUUCUUUGCGACACCUGUGGAAGGCAUUUUGCACUGGAAGCAGUGGCAAGGCACAAUCCGAUAUGCAAAAAAAUUUUCAACAAGAAGCGCAAGCCAUUCAAUUCCUUGAAACAACGACUACAGGGAACUGACAUCCCAACAGUGAAAAAGAAGCCACCCGUGAAGAAUGGACGGGAGAAAAAAUCGAACUGGAGACAACAGCAUGAAGAUUUUAUUUCGGCCAUCAGAGCUGCUAAACUUGCCACUCGAGCCAUGAAAGAAGGCCGUCCUCUUCCACCACCACCACCUCCAUCCAUUAACCCAGAUUAUAUUCAGUGUCCUUACUGUAUGAGAAGGUUUAAUCAGACUGCGGCAGAAAGGCACAUCAACUUUUGCAAAGAGCAAGCUGCCAGACGAUCCUUUGCCCCAGGCCAGAAGGGAGGCAAACCAGCUUCAGGGAAACAAGGAGUCUCCAAAAAAGAACCAACUUUAACAAAUGCUGUGGGGACACUACUUCAGAAUAGAUUACAAGAGGCAAAUACUGGCCAAUCUGUAAUAGGUAAGAGGCAAUGUAUCCGAAAUAAUAUUUAGAAAUACUGAAUGCUUAAAGCCAUCCCAUCAGAACUGCAACACCUACUGGUAUAUUUGCAGAUACUAUAUAUCAGAAGUGUCCAACCUUGGCAAUUUUAAGACCUAUGGACUUCAACCUGUGGAAUUCUGGGAGUUGAAGUCCACAUGCCUUAAAGUUGCCAAGAUUGGAACCUUCUAUUGUAUAUGUAGAAUUUUAUGUCCAAUACAGAAUUUAUCGGAAAUCCUUUAAAAAAAACCUUCUCUAGAUUGUAAUAUAAAUCUUGUAUUAUAAAAUCAAAAUUAGCUAAUGAUACCCCAACUGCAGUCAUUUAUUAUUAUGCGAUAUUACUUUGAUAUACAAUGGAACAAUACAUAAUCUAGUCUAAUGUAUAGUUUUCCGCAGGUUUUUUGCUGUUCUAUGCUAUUAAUUUAAAAACAAGAUUGAUUGUAAUAUUUUUAUUCACAUAAGGUGCUUAAAAGAAAGAAUAAAUAAUUUUAGGACAAUCUAGCAAAAGCAUGUACAAUAAUAUAAUAUAAAUUGAAGGUAACUGCUCUCAUUGUUUGCUUUCCCAGUUACACUGACAUUCAUAUUAGCAUACAGUAUUUGGGUGAGCUAAAAUCGAUGAAGAUCUUUUUGCUGAUUAAUCUUGCUCUGACUUAAUUUAAAGUGAAAUCAUACAAACAGCAUGAAUCAUACCUCUGAGUAAUGUUUAAAAAGAGGAUUUAGGAUGAACAACUACUGAGCUACAGUUAAAUUCCACAGCAUUUAAUGUACAUUUUACAUUAAUGUAAAAUGGGUGAAUUAAUACUUCAGGUCUAUAAUUUGAAUCAACAGUGCUUUAAAUUGCUUGAAUUUGCUGAUCAUUCUCAGGAUAUAUUUUUCAGACCUCUUUACAGAUAUAUUGUUGUUUUAAAGGGCAUGGUAUUGAAAUUUCAGCUGGAGCAGUACACAAAAAAAUAUCCCCUAUUUCUUCUGGAACAGAAUCUGGGUAAGAUACGUUGUGUAGAUUAACAGGCUAUAAUCUAAUCCAGUUUAUUGAUUGAGAGGAUAUGGGUCCAUAUGAUUCUGCCCUGGUGAUAAUGAAUUAGGGCAUUUCGUAGAUAAGUGGAGUACAGAUAAUUCUUGAUUUAGAACCAUUAAUUUAGCUACUACUAGAAGUUACAUGGCACUGAAAAAAAUGAUUUACAACUGGUCCUUGCACUUACAGCCAUCAUAGCAUCUCCAGUCAUGUAAUCAAAAUUCAGGCACUUGGCAACCAAUAUGUAUUUAUGAUAGUUGCAGCAUCCUUGGGUCACUUGUGACUUUUCCAGCAAAAUCAACGGAGGAAGUCAGUUUCGUUUAACCACUGCAUGAUUCAUUUAACAACUGCCGUGAUUCAUUUAACAAACAUGGCAAAAAAAGAUCACAAAAGGCCUUGACUCACUUAACAAUUGCCUUGUUUAGGAAUGAAAAUUCUAGUACAAUUGUGUCAUACGUUGAGGAGUACCUAUAUUCUGCUUAUUGGAGAGUUACGUAAUGGGUAAAAUACCAGGAUUAUACAUGGGAAACAGCUUUAUAUCACCCAGGAAUCAUGAAUUCAACUCUUCAAGUUAUUUACCCUUCCAGAAAAGACUGCUGUUAUUUCACUCAUAAAUAACAAUAGUUUUGUUGCAUAGAAAUCAGCUACGAAAUGGAAAACUGUAGCAUUUACUGUAUGCUUCAUAUCUAUGACAUAUUAGUUAUUUCUCAAAUUACUUCAUUUUCAUGUUUACAUAAAUAAACAUACCAUUUGUAUGACUUCUUCUCAUUUAUAUACAUUUGAUUUACUUGAAAUACCAAACCACAGAUCAAUUUCAUUAAACAUAACUACCAUACUGACAGCUUUAUCAAAGGCUUUAGUUAUAAAAUAUUGUAAAAGUAUUCCAAAAUUCUGAUACUUCCUGUGAAUUCUUAAUCCUCCCUGGCCAGUUUAUUUAUAUCCCACCUUUUUUUAAUAACUAACCCAAGGCAGCAAACAUGCCCAAUAGCUCUUCCUCACAAUAACCACCCUGUGAGGAGUGUUGGGCCGAGAGAAUGACUGGCUCAGUCACCCAGCCAGCUUUCAUGCUCAAGGCAGGACUAGGACUCAGUUUCCUGGUUUCUAGGCCAGCAUUUUAACCACUAAAUCAAACUGGCUUUGUUAUUGGUGUAGUGAUUGAUAUAAAUUAUUUUUUAUUAGUUGCAAACUGAAGCCAUCAAUAGAACAUUAUUUCCCAGUUUUUUCCACUCUUUUCAUCCUGUACAUACUUAACUAAUUUAUUUCCCUCAGCCUCUUAAACCAACUUUUAUUCAUAUUCCCUUUUCUCCUGUGCUACUUGUUCUUCUAUCUUCCAAAGAUGCAAUGUAAUACUAGAACAAAUAUGUCCAGUAACAAACUGUGAAACCAUAUUGCACUUUCUCAAAUUGGCCAGUGCAUCAGGCUGUUGUGUUAUCAUCUGCUUUAUUUCAGACUACCUAAAUUAAUGCUUGCCUGUUCUUAGGGCUCCAACUCAGGGAAGAAGAUGAGGAAAACAUGCCCACCAAACUUCUGAAAAGCAGCCUUUACUUUUUACAGCACCUGAAUUAGAAGAGCUCAGCAAACCAGUUUACAGACAUUCAGCCUCCCAUCUCUCUUAAAACUUGUAUGAUGGAUUGAAGUGUGAUAAUAAAACUAGCACAGUCAUAUUCCACAGUUUUUACAGGUGAUAAUCGUACGUAAGAAUGUUUCCAGUUUUAUAGCCUAUGUUUUCUAUUUUUUCCUUUGGUCAACUCCUAAGUUGCCUUAAUCAAAAAGCGACUCUAGAGAUUUUACACAAUAGGACUAAAAUGUCCAGUAAAUAACAAAUAACGGUAUCACUAAAUACUAUGCAUAGGACUUUCUGGGAAGAAUAACACCACGAAAGUAUUUUUCAUCAUAUUAGAUCAGGCUAUCCUCCUGCAAGAGCCAGGUUUUUAUGGAAGCCUCAAAGUGUUGGGCCACAAAGAACUCCCUGGACACGUUCCACAGGACAGGACAGCUAUCAAGAAUCAUCUUCUGGGUAUCACAAUGUUUUUUUACAGCUGGGAACAAAAAGUUGCCAAUUUUUUCAGAUCUUAGGCAGCAACCAUAGGGAAAAAACAUCCCUGUAACUAAUUAGGAACUGAGCUGUUAAGAGCUUUAUAAGUAACAUAAACAGCUAACACCCAUGAAUUGCAACCAGAAGCCCACUGGCAAGCCAGUACCUUUAACAGAGCAGUUUUGUGUAUUCGCUCUGCAUUUUGGCUGUUAAGAUUCAGAGAAACCUUCAAGAGUAGCCCCAUGUAGAGUGUUUUGGUGUGCUGCCUUUGAAUCAGUCUUAAUUUCUGGUGAUUGUGGAGACCGGUUUUUGCAAUUUCUUUUGCAAAAUUUUUCCAAAGUGGUUUUCCAUUGCUUUCUUCUAAAAUCUGGGAUUGACUUGCCCAAAGUCACCCUGCUACCUUUAAGCUUAAGACUAGAACUUCUAGUCCCCCAGUUUCUAGCCUGUUGCUUUAACAACUACACUAAACUGGCUCUCGUAGAGAAUAUUACAAUAGUGCAAAUGGAAAGGGAUGAAUUACUUUGUGAAUGGCCUGCUCAUCACAAAAGGACAUAAUUCGCACACCAAAUAGAUCUGUUAAAAGGCCCUCCUGACCACAGCUACUUUCUCACUGAGCAGGAGCCCAGAUUCCAAGAUGCCCCCCAAAUUUUGUAUUGGUUUUAUCUGGGGCAGCGCCACCCAGUUAGGUAUCACAAAAUAUGUUAUGCAGAACAGUUUUACAUUAGUCUAUUGAUCAAUACACUGGCUAACAAAUAUAAAUCUUUGGCUUUGUCAUGAAAAAUUUAAAGUAGGGAAUCUGUACAGAAACCAUCG